AUGAACCGAGUGCAGCAGGCUAAGAACAAAGGGGCUCGAGCUCGCCUAGCGCGACAAAGAGCUAACCCUCCAGCUCAUGCAGCCCCUGCAGCCCCUGCAGUCCCUGCAACACCUGCAGCUUCUGCUAACGAGGCUCCUGGUAACGAAAUUCUUAGUGACGAAGCCACUUCUAGCAAUUCAGUUCCUAACAACAACAACACUGGGAUCAACAACAACGUUCCCGAACAAGCUGCUCCUAUUCUAGAACCUUUCAAUCAGCAGGCUGCUGCUAAUCAGGGUGUUGACAACCAGGACUUUGUCAAUCAGGACUUUGUUGAUCAGGACUUUGUCGAUCAAGGUGGUGCUCCCAACCAGGACAUUCCCAUUCCCGAUCAAGUUCCCGAUCAAGAUCCUGCCGAAGAGCAUUUUCAUCAACUCCCUCCUGGUCACGUUCAUGCCUCGGUUCCCGUAGGUUAUUUUCGUACUCAGAUAUUCGAGGAUUUUGCGUACAACCCUCAUGUGUAUGCUCCUUACAUUAUUCGUCUCGGCUUCCAAGGUAUUCCCGCGUUUAUCGACAACCUGAUCCGUGGAGGAACUGUUCCUCUAUACCUCGUCGCCUUACGUCCCGUCGCCGAUCAGGACCUUGAUCAGGUGCCCGAUUUAGUACCCGAUUUCCCACUCUAUUCCGACGGGGGUUCGAGCGACUUUUUUGACGCCGCGAUCCCGUACAGCGAGGACUUAUCUGAAGAGGUAGAGGAGUACGAGGAGUACGAAGACGAAGCGGAAAGCGAAGAGGCAGGUCAAUACGUUGAUCUACACUAUUAUUUUGAAGAGCACGAGCACGAGGAGGAGGAUUCUGACGAGAACGAUCCUAACGACGACGAAGAGGACGACGACUCUGAAGAGGAUUGUGAUCAGGACGAGUCUGAAGAUCAGGGCGACGACGAUCAAAAAGAUCCCGACCAAGACGGUUCCAAUCAAGGUUCUAACCAAGAGGGCUCGGGCCACCAGGGUUCUAACUACGAAGGCUUUGAUUCAAAGGGCUCUGACCACAAAGACUCCGACCACCAGGCCUCUGGAAAUCAAAGUCCUGACAACAACAAUUUAUCUUCCCCUAACACCACUGCCAAGAUGGCUUCUCAGAACUUGCUCGGCAUGGUUAUUGCACCUAACCAGUGGCGAUACGCCCGCGCGUGCAUGGUGUGCUCUAUCAUCAUGACUCAAUCGCAUUUCCGCGCGGACGGUUGUCCCAACUGUCCGUUCCUUGACCUGAAGGGAUCGCCUGAGGCCAUUGAGGCCUGCACCUCGAGCCAGUUCGAGGGCACUGCCGCCUACUUCCAACCCCGCCGUUCCUGGGUUGCGCGCUGGCAGCGCGUCGACACCUUCGUCCCCGGUACCUAUGCCAUCAAGGUAAACGGUUCUCUACCGGAGGACAUCAAGCAAGCCAUAGAGGACCAAGGCAAUACCCAUAUUCCCCGCGAUGGAAGCGCCCUUGAAAUCGACUAG